AUGGGACAUCUCCGAGGUCUCGUCCGGCUCAUGGAGCCCUGGGCCGCGCACAGCAAGCGCCACUGGUCUUCGGUGGCCGCCGUCCGCGCGCACGCUGAUUGUGAAGGUCUUUACGCCGUGAGAGGCAGGGCUGGGGUCGUCGGGCUCCGGCGGGAAGACAAGAACAAGUGGGAGCGACGAGCCCCCCUGGCGCCCCGACACGUGGACGAGCUGGUGACUGGGCUUUCUGGAGCAUGGUCUUUCAACGUGCAGAUAGUUCGACACAUCCUGAGAAGCAGCGAGACAGUGAAGCAAGGUCUAAAGGUCGUCGUGCAGCCGUGCACGCGACGCGUCUUCACGGACGUGGAAUACGAGGAGGCCGGGGCAGAGAUCAAGGAGGACCUCUCGGAAUGCUCCACCGUCCUCGCGGUCAAGGAGGUGCCGCCAGAGCUCAUGCUGCCAGGCCGGACUUGGUGCUUCUUUUCCCACACCAUCAAGGCCCAGCCUUCCGGCAUGCCCCUCCUGGAUGCGGCCCUGAAGAAGAAGGUCCGGCUGCUGGACUACGAGUGUAUCACCGGCACCGGAGCCCGAGGAGGACCUCGGCUCGUGGCAUUUGGCGCCUUUGCUGGCUAUGCUGGAGCGAUUGACUUCCUCCGUGGCCUUGGAGAGCGGUUCCUGUCCCUCGGGUACAGCACCCCGCUCCUCCACAUCGGAUCUGCCUUUAUGUUCCUCCGUUUGCUUGCGCAUGUGAAGAGGUACCCCACACUGGACGAAGCGAAACGCGCGGUUUCACUGGCUGGGGAGGCAAUUCGCAAGCAUGGUUUGCCGAAGGCGCUCUGCCCUUUCACUGCCGUCUUUACCGGCACAGGAAAUGUAAGCCAGGGUGCCCUUGAGAUUUUCAAGCUCUUGCCGCACGAGCUCGUAUGCCCAUCUUCGCUUCCGCACCUCUGCGAGAAGGCCGAAGUCGGCCAGAUGCAACGCGAGGACUGCCACAAGCUGUACCUGUCUAUCGCUUCGGCUGAGCACAUGGUCAGGAGGCGGGAUGGCGGUGCCUUCGACAAGCACCAGUAUUACAGCCAGCCGGAGAGCUACGAAUCCAUUUUCCAGGACACCGUCCUUCCCUACGCCACGGUCAUCCUCAACGGCAUGUACUGGGAUGCACGUUUUCCGAAGCUGUUCACGAGGGACGACCUGCAUCUCCAUGCGGUGGGCGGGCAGGACAAACUCUUGGGAGUUUGCGACAUCACCUGUGAUGCAGACGGGUCUGUGCCCACGCGCCAGUUCGCCAGCAUUGAGCAGCCAUUUCACAUCCUCAAUGCGAUGACGGGGCAGAUCUCUGAUUGCCUGGACGACCCAGGGGUGCUUUUCCACGCAGCGCCCUGGAGAGAAGAUGCGUUUGAGGGAGACCUAGACAGACCCAUCAUUAGGGUCUAG